AGAUUAUCCCGUCAUCCAUGUGACGUAAGCUAGAGUCCGACGUUCGAGCAUAACACUUAUUCCAGAAUCUUCCGCGUUGUCGAACUGGUGGCUUGCCAUGGAUACUCAUGUGACGUCGAGAAGCCAUCAGGAAAGUACUCGUGGUGAACUUGAUGCACCUGGCAAGGAUCAGCUUUCCGAAGAUUCAUCGUCAGUGACAGAAAUGAGGCCCCCUGAGAGUACGAUCCCUGUGUUGCGAACAGAAUCGGAGUUGAAGAUUCAGUCAAAUGGCUUUAACGGCUCAAAGGAAAGCGGCGGAAUUCCGGACGAUUCCGGUGACAAUGGGCUAGCGGAGGAUAAAACCGACGCGAGAGGAUUUGGACCGUUCGGGACAACGUCAACUGGUGUGAAUUUAGUUUUAACUGGCGAACACGACGAGUACUACAACAUGACGCACGCUCGCCGUGGGAGAGCUCUGAUAUUCAACCACAAAGUUUUUGAUGCGUAUUUGAACAUGAGUCUGCGAAAUGGCACAGACGAGGAUCGGGAUCGUCUGAAGGAGAUGUUCCAUAAAUUAGGAUUUGAUGUUGAAGUACACGAAAAUGCGGCAUACAAGGAUCUUAUGCAACGACUCGAAGAUGUUGCCGAUGAAAAUCACUUCGAUGCGAGUUGCCUUGUUGUAUGCUUUUUAAGCCAUGGCGAAAGAGGCUUAUUGUACUCCCGGGAUAAAUCUUUUAGAACUGAAGAGCUUUGGGAACGUUUCACUGCCACCAACUGCCCUAGUUUAGCUGGGAAGCCAAAAAUGUUUUUUAUUCAGGCGUGUCAGGGAGACAAAUUGGAUGGUGGAGUCAAACUGCAGAAAAUCAGCACUUUGGAAACAGACUCUGGUCCUCCUAAAUACUCGUUGGCCGCAUAUGCUGACUUCCUUUUGGCUUAUUCAGCUGUUCCAGGAUUUUUCUCUUGGAGAAACACCACGAACGGUUCCUGGUUUGUCCAAGCCCUGCAUCAUGUGAUGAUGCAAAAGGACAUGGCUGUUGUGGAUGUUGUCAGUGUGAUGACUGAAGUUUCUCGCAUAGUUGCCACGCAGUUUGAGUCGAAUUGUCCGGGAUCUCCUCACAUGCAUGGCAAGAAGCAAGUGCCGUACAUCUCCAUGACUCUCACGCGGAAGAUCGUCUUCCCGCCGCCUCAGGUUGUGCGGACACCGGUUUAGAACUUCUUGCCCUGAUUCACAGAAUACGGUAGAUUUGAGCUCUUCUUCACGUGACCCCACUCUUGGUGUACAUG